AUGCCGUCUUCGGGCAACACCUUCUUCAUCAACUGGGAGCUAUGGCAGCAAAUGACCUUUGUGUUGGCAGCCGCCAUUUGUGUCGUCUUCAUCCUAGGCUUGUCCAAGCUUGCCUACCAAAACUCACUGAUGAAGAAGCAGGAGUUGUUGGACGAGGAGAAGCGACACAGAGUCCAAGAAAUGGAAAGCUCAGGGCUGUCCCACAAGAGGGCGAUUAACAUCCCCUUCGGCGUGCGGGCUAUCCAAGGCGGCGUCGAGGUGGACGGCAUUUGGAUCUCUAGGCCAACGACCCCGAACACCAGGAAGUCCAUGGCCCCGGGACUGGCCUCGACGACAACAAUCGCCGUCACCGCCAGCCCGCUGCUGGCCAAGGCAAAUGCACGUGGCGGCAAGCUUCCCUCGCCCACCGAUCCACCCACCAAGAUGGAGAACCCGACGCCGUACAUGCCCACUGGAUACAGCAGCGGUCAGCCCAAGUCUCCUGGCCACCACGACCCCAUGAACCCGCUCGGGGGCCCUCCCAACCUGAACCGCAACCCAUCGGGCCACCACCGCUCGAGCAGCCAAAACACCAAAGAGGACGCCCUCUCUAGGUUGGAGGGCAGCUCCGGCCGGCAGCCCCUGCGGACCUACGUGCCCAAGGCCACCCCCUCGACGGCGCCUCAGCUCCAGCAGCGCCUCGGGGCCCACAAGCCGCAGCCGCGCCUGCCGCCCCAGCAGCCGCAGGCCCGCCAGCAGGCGCCGCCUCCGCCGCCGCCCAGGAACAGCAAACAGCAGAAGAAGCCCUCCCCGCUCCGGGACUCGGCCUCGUCCAGCGACUCUUACGCCAGUGGCGCAGGCGGCCCGAGCAGCGAGCACCACCUCCAGUUCGAGGGCGCGCAGAGGGCCAGGGUCAUCAGCCUGUCGCACUUCCCGUCCCAAAGCAGCAGCAGGGUCGCGGCCGGGUCGAGCACGCGGCCGCCGUCCUCGACGUCCGGGCCGGGCUCGCCGGGACGCGAGUGGGGCGCGUCGUCGUCGUCGUCGAUGGGGCCGUACGAGCACUCGACCCCGAACCUGCCGCAGAGCUCGUUCCCGGCCCCGACCCAGAGCGAGACCCGGCUGCCGCUGCUGGCCCAGGACCCACACAUCCAGGUGCCCGAGCCGACCUUCGGGCCCGGCGACCUGCGCCACAACAGCGGCCGGCCGCGCAGGGCAAACCAGAGCUUCGAGGGCGGGAGCUCGUCCGAGUUCAUCGCCACCCCUCUGUUCCUUGACCGCUCGGUCGAGGAUGACAGCCAGCGAGGAUCUUCGGCACGGCAGCAGCAGCAGCAGCAGAGGCCGUACGGCCAGCAAUGA